CGGGGUCCUCGGGAUCUGCUGCGGGUCUGGCUGAGCGGGAGGAGGCCAGCGGCCAGCUGGAGAGACACGCGUUGGGCUGCUGCGUUUCUGUCUUGUCAUGGCACCGUCGCCCCUGAAAGUGUGCAUCGUGGGCUCGGGGAACUGGGGUUCCGCUGUUGCAAAAAUAAUUGGUAAUAAUGUCAAGAAACUUCAGAAGUUUGCCUCCACGGUCAAGAUGUGGGUCUUUGAAGAAACGGUUAAUGGGAGAAAACUGACAGACAUCAUAAAUAAUGACCAUGAAAAUGUGAAAUAUCUCCCUGGACACAAGCUGCCAGAAAAUGUGGUUGCCGUCCCAAACCUCAGCGAGGCCGUGCAGGACGCAGACCUACUGGUGUUUGUCAUCCCCCACCAGUUCAUCCACAGAAUCUGCGACGAAAUCACUGGGAAAGUGCCCAAGCAGGCGCUGGGAAUCACGCUCAUCAAGGGCAUAGACGAGGGCCCGGAAGGGCUGAAGCUCAUUUCUGACAUCAUCCGCGAGAAGAUGGGCAUCGACAUCAGUGUGCUGAUGGGAGCCAACAUUGCCAACGAGGUGGCUGCUGGGAAGUUCUGUGAGACCACCAUUGGCAGCAAAGUAAUAGAGAACGGCCUCCUCUUCAAAGAGCUUCUGCAGACUCCAAAUUUUCGAAUCACAGUGGUUGACGACGCAGACACUGUUGAACUUUGUGGUGCUCUUAAGAACAUCGUGGCGGUGGGAGCCGGGUUCUGUGACGGCCUCCGCUGUGGAGACAACACCAAAGCCGCCGUCAUCCGCCUGGGCCUCAUGGAAAUGAUCGCCUUUGCCAGGAUCUUCUGCAAGGGCCAGGUGUCCACUGCUACCUUCCUGGAGAGCUGCGGCGUGGCCGACCUGAUCACCACCUGCUACGGGGGCCGGAACCGCAGGGUGGCCGAGGCCUUUGCCAAGACCGGAAAGACCAUUGAAGAGUUGGAGAAGGAGAUGCUGAAUGGGCAGAAGCUCCAGGGGCCUCAGACCUCUGCUGAAGUGUACCGCAUCCUCAGACAGAAGGGGCUGCUGGACAAGUUCCCAUUGUUUACUGCAGUGUAUCAGAUCUGCUAUGAAGGCAAACCCGUUCAAGAGAUGCUGUCCUGUCUCCAGAGCCACCCAGAGCACACAUAAAGUGGGCCAUGCGGCCUGUCGGGCGAAGUCUGCCUUUCCGAUCAGUCUUUCGGGUUCAAAUGAAAACUGGGACUUGGCAACAAGAUGUUUGCUUAACUGUAAUCCCAUCAUGGAUGUGUAUGAAUUUUUACAGGUUCAUUUUUGAAUUUUGAGAAGCAGAUCAUUGGCUAAGAUAUACUGAGCAAGAAGUAGACGCACAUACGUGAACGCGUGAGUGUGUGUUCCUUUCUCAUUCUGUGGAUGUUUUUUAUGAACCAAAAUUAAAAGUCCUUUUUAAAAAUUACUUUGAAACUUUCCCACCGUAGUAGCUCAUGAGAUUGGGACUAUCUCAGCUAAAUUUCCUAGAUCUAAUUCAUUUGUCCUCGAGUAAAGAGAUUUUUUUUUCCCCUCGUUCUCUUGAUGUUAAUAAAAUUUAACCAGCAUUAAUAACGUGGUAGAAUGGAAGAGCGAGUGCUUUCAGAGAUCAACAGACUAACUUUUAAACACUCUCUCAAAGCCAGCAUAAUUAACAACUUUGAUUGUGAGUUGACUUUUUUUUUUUUUUUAACAAUCAGGUAUUUUUGAAUUAGGCAGUCCACUAGGUAUCUUCCUCUCACUGCAGUUCGCUGCAUUUUUAGCCUCUUUUCUCGUCAUUAGCUGCCAGACUGUGCUUUCCCAAAGCCUCAGCAGUGGUAGAAGCCAGAAACCUCAUCUGGGAUUUUCCUGCUGUGACUGACACAUUCUCCUGAUUAAUGACACUUGCAUGGUUCUUUGUGUUAGCACUUUUGUGCAGACAUUUCCUUUAUGUUUCACAGACCCUCUGAGAGGGGGCGCUGUUAUUCCUCUUUGAGGCUGCUGUCACUGUGCCUGGUCACCUGGUAAGGAGGGGGCAGAACCAAGAGUCUAAAGUCUAGUGCUCCCCCACCCCACCAAGGCGCCCCAGCGCCUCUCAUAUGUCACUGGGCUGAUUUGACCUCCAGCUAAUUGGUUGUGGCAAAUGCCAUAUCCCACAUGAGGCCACAAGGGGGCUUUUCACAGCUGAGAUUUGUGCGGGGCAUCGCCUAGACCAGCAAUUUUCAACCUUUUUCAUCUCAUGGCAUAUAAACAAAUUACUAAAAUUCUGCGGCAUAUCAAAAAAUAUAUUUUUUGGUGAUUUGACCCCAAAAUAAAAGGAUAUAGUCAGGUAUUUCAUGUUUUAAAAAUUCUUGUGGCCCACCGGUUGAAAAUUGCUGGUCUAGACCCAAAGUAUGUUUGUCACUCCAUCCAAUGCAGGUUCCCAGGUCCCGCCACAGACCUCUGGAGUGGGAUAUGGUACCUGUGCUUUAAUGCAACUUCCACAUGUUUCUGAUGUUCACUAUGAUUUUAGAAGCACUGCUUUAGAGAAUGUGCUUUAGAAUGGCGUUUCUCGAGCCGCGUUCCAUAGGACCUAGCGUCCUGGGAUCCAGCGGCGGGUGGUUCUCAGUGUUCGCUGGCAAGGGCAAAUGAGUUAGGGGAAAGCUGAAUCCUGAAGGUGUAGAAUGUAUGUUAGGGUGUCAGUGGGACCUGAUUAACCUAGCCAGUUCCAAAUACAUUCGAUUAUAGAGAUUUUGUUUAGCAAGGAAGCUUGCGGAAGUGUCCAGGGGACACUGUUCUCACCUGUGGUGACCUUAGGAUAACUUAAAUGUACCCUGCACUCCCUGUACGAAAUUGGGGUUAAUAAGCACCUGUGGUAGUGUUAGUUCUCAGCUUUACAACUUCAGGUCUGCCUGAAGCUUUGAUGAAGCUUUAAGGUGACACCAACAAGAACAACCUCGCUGAAACGCACAUUAUGGGGAAUAAGUUCUCUUAAUUUAGAAAUAGAGUGGGAAUGACCGUAUAUUCUUAAAUGAGAUUGGCUUCAGGGUAGCAUUACAGUGACCUCACAUAGCACUUGAUAAACCAUUAAGGGAACAUCUGAAUGUCAGUUACCUAUGCAUAGAUUUUCAGUCACUUUGUGAGAUUUUGACCUUUUUUAUUCUUCCAUUUGGGACUUUUUUCCCCCUAUAUCUGAAAUGAUUGUAAAAUAGAUUUUUGUGGGAGUUUUUAAAACUCUGUCCCAAAUAUUUCGUGGGCCUUGUAGAGGCCCAUCCACAGAAGUAUAUGAAAGCACACAAAAUGCUCCAAGUUGUAUUGAUUUUAGUGCCACUAUUAAGUUAAUCAAUUUUUGCUUGUCUCAUGGUUAAGCCUUUUUAAAGUUUGUACAUAGGUAACAAAGUUACUUUUAAGAUACCUAAAGAACUGUAAGCUUUAAAUUGUGGUGUCUAUUAAGAUAAUCAGAGGCGAGGAAUUCUGUCUUUUGUAUGUUCUCAUCUGCACUCAGCUUCCUGCUCUGGGUUUGUACUUGAGUGUUUUUUCUUUACAAAUGCUCUUACCACUCUGAAGUCUGCUGACUGUACCUCUUGAACAUACUUAUAUUCUGCACAUUAGAGAAAAUCGGAAAUUUUAUAAGUUUGUGCUCUGGUAACUGUAGAUAUUUAUUACUCUAUGAGUUAUCUAUUUUUGUAACCACCUGUGGUCUAUCAUAUCUAAUUAUGGUAAUAGAGAGGGAGACAUCCAGAAGAGAAGCUCAAUUUGUGCUCUUUCAGCCAAUCUGUGAAUGUAAACACUACACUGUUGCCUUUCUAUAACCCAGUCUAGUAUGAUGUGGAACAGUUACCUGUCUUGAAAUCUGUCGUAGCGGGUGGAGUUGAGCCAAACUCCUGGUUUUUAGUUGAACUCUUUAACUAUAACAAGGCUCCGUGGCGUUGGUCCAAGGAGUGGUGAGGCACCAGUGUACAAAGGGUUCUGGAGUUUUACCACCCAUUUUAAUCUAAGAGCCUUUUACUUAACAUGUGUACUGUGUUUGUUUACAGACUAUAGGUGGGUGUAAUUUAAAAGCUUGGUUUAAUAAACAUUUACUUUACCCCUCCCCAAACCUGUGCUACUGACUUUAUCUUUUUAAAAAAUCAGUUCAUAACUGUAUUUACUUAGGUCGGCUCUUUAUUUCUCCUGAAUUGUACUGCAUUAACAAUAAUAAAAAGGCAAUUUUUAAAAGAAA